UUUACAGCCAUAAAUGUGCAGCCAAAGAGACAGUCAGUCACUUCCUCCACCAGCAAACAGCCUCAACACUCUGCACAUCAAUUGCUGUUUUCUGUGGUCUUCGCCAAGGAAAACUGAAAAUUUUCAAGAAAUUUCAUGGUGUCAGAUGGUAAAAAGCAGGUCGACAACUGAGUCCAACACAUCAUGGAGAACAGUUCCAUCAGUUUGGAAUCCAUCCAGGAGGCAGCAAUGCUCAGAUCAGGUGUUGUCGGAAACCCGUACCUGGCAGGAGGAUACCUGAUAGGAAGCUCCCUGCUGGGCUUCCUCAUCAUCAUCGGGGCCUUCUUGUACAAUCAACGCAAUCUCAGUCUUUUUAAAAGAUCCUGCAUCAUAUCCUUCACCUGCCAGGAAAACAGCCUCAUGGGUCUUCAACUCGUCUACAGCUGUCUGUUGACUCUGCUCACCAUGGAUGCUCUGAAUCUGAUCGUGGCAAUAAUCUUGGGAGCUACACUGGUUGCAUUGUCCUGCGAUGUAAUCAACUGUGUUCUGGCUGAAAACAUCUGGUUCCUGUCCAGGUGGUUUGGAGUGAUUAUUCAUCUUGUGAACGCCUCGUUGUCCAUCUAUAAUCUGCAUCAGCCACUGAGUGUAGCCAGGGUUCGCAUCGCCUACUCAUUGGUUUCUGUGGUGAUUAUCAUUAUGGUCCCACUUUUUCUGUAUGUCUACAACGUGCCCACAUUCACUUUGGCCGCUUUCAUGUUUCUGUUUGCUCUGUCCAUCAUUGUAGCAUCUAGAAGGCCUACCUUGUCCCCGUCCACUUCCACCCUGAAGAAACUGAUCAUGGUUGUUGCAAUGUGCAACUUCCUGGUUGUCUACGUCCCCACUUUCAUUCUUCAGUGCCUCGUGUACACCGCAGCCAAUGUUACCGACUUAGCGAAUUACCAAAAUAUUUAUUUUAAUGUUCUGUAUUUCACAAACCUUCAUCUCAUUUUCGAUGGACUCCAGUGUGCUUUGUUCCUGAAAUUGCCUUCUGGAGAAGAACAGCAACAGCAGCAACAACAACUGCAAGAGUGGCGCCAACAACAGUGGGAGCCACAACAGCAACAACAGUGGCGUCAACAAGAGCAACAACAGUGGCGUCAACAACAGUGGCAACCACAACAGCAACAACAGUGGCGUCAACAAGAGCAACAACAGUGGCGCCAACAACAGUGGCAACCACAACAGCAACAACAGUGGCAGCCACAACAGCAACAACAGUGGCGCCAACAACAGUGGCAACCACAACAGCAACAACAGUGGCGCCAACAACAGUGGCAACCACAACAGCAACAAAAGCUGGGUUUCCAAAAUGCAGGAUUCACUGGUUCUACAAAUGUAUAUCAAUAAUGAUCAAAAUUAUGUCUCUGCACCAUAAAAAUCAAUGUACAUCCCAACCACUGGUGGAUAACCUAGCGUUGUUUCACAAUUCAGAAUUCUUGCUGUCCUCAUGGAUUGUAUCUGUUGGACAGAAGGGUGCAGCUCCUGCUUUAUUCAUAUAAACCCUGAAAUCACAGAUGAAAAUCACCAUUUCACCCUCUCUGUCUGACUUAAAAUCCAGCAUGAAGCAAGAAGAAAUGUGUAAAUACUUCCAUAAUGUACAGGCAGUGGAGAGCUGUAUAAAAUACAGUUUACGGAAAUAGCAGCAACUUUGAAAACUUUUCAAAAUGAAACAUCUGUUCAAUAUGUUGGUUUGUUCAAUUACUUAAAGGCGGAGGGCACAUCUGAAAUAUGUUGUAGUUCCUACAACGUUUACCUGAUCUGGAUGUAAAUACCUUCAAAAUUAAAGCUGAAAGUCUGUAACUAAAGCACAUCUGGAUUGUUUCAUUUAAUGUCUUGGUCAUUUUUUUGGAUUGGAAAGUGAGGGGGCAAUUACUUUUUCACAUGGACAGUGUUUUCUUCAAAAAAAUAAUAAAAUCAAUCAGUCAAUUGAAAACUGCA